AUGGGAAAUCGACUUGAAAAUAUUUCUUCAGCUUUAGAUCAACUUUGUCAACCAAUAGAAUUAGGAGGUGCAAAUGCUAAAUUAUUGGAUACACGUUUUAUGUAUGAAAGUGAACCAAUGUAUGUUGUGAAUCAAUCUCAAUUCCUCAACACCGCUUGUAAGAUUUCAACACCGUUAGACCCUUUUGAUCUUCUUAAUGUGCUGAAAUCUAUCAAAAAGAGCUAUGGAAGAGAUCUUGAUAAAAGUCAAAGUAACGGACCACAACCUAUCGAUAUUGAUAUUUUAAUGUUUGAUUCACAACUCACCAACAAAGAUCAUUUAAAGAUACCCCAUAUUGGGAUGUCAAGUCGACAAUUUGUUUCAGAACCAUUAAACAAUAUUGCAGCUCAUGUACUACAUCCACAACAUUGUGUCACUAUUGGUUCUCUUCUAUCACGUCUUACAAAAUCAGAACCAUCAACAGUAACCCAAAUCCCAUUCCGGAAAUUCAUCAAAAUGUCCUACUCUCGAGCUUUCAAAAUGGACACAUCUAAUAAUGGUACAGAUAUAAUUGAUAUUGGUGGAAUGUCUACUAGACCUGGUGCAGAUGAAGUCACAACUAAAGAAGAAAUUUGUAGAACUGUUCCGGUGAUUCAAGCUCUAAGAGAAACUCAUGAUGUAAAAUGUCAUAUUAGUAUUGAUACUUUCAAGUCAGAUGUUGCUAGAGCUGCUGCUGGGGCAACAAUAGUAAAUGAUGUAUCAGGUGGUCAAGCAGAUCCAAAUAUGUUAACAACAGUAGCUAAACUAGGAGUACUUAUUGUCCUAACGCACAUGCGUAGUGAUUCAAAAACAAUGACUAGUCUGAUCAAUUAUUUUUUUUCUUCUUCUCUUGUAUAG